AUGACCAACAAGAUUGUUGUGCUCGGCGCUGGCGUCUCUGGCCUGACCGCCGCCCUGCUGCUAUCCAAGAGCAAAGGCAACUCCAUAACCGUAAUCUCCAAGCACAUGCCAGGCGACUAUGAUAUCGAGUACACCUCGCCGUGGGCUGGCGCCAAUAUGUUGCCCAUGGCCCUAGAGCUUGAUAGCAGAUGGGAGCGCAGGACGUGGCCUGAGCUGAACCGUCUCGCCGCCGAGGUCCCCGAGGCCGGUAUUCACUUUCAAAAGAGCCGCGUCUUCAGACGCAAGAAGGACAUGGAGGCCGGCGGCAAUCCCUACGACGCGCUCUACGCCGUCGACCCGUGGUACCGCAACGUCCUCCCUGACUACCGGGAGCUCGCAAAGGAUGAGCUGCCGUCCAACGCCUAUUCCGGUUCUGAGUUCACCUCGGUUUGCAUCAACACGGCGCUUUACCUGCCCUACCUCGUAGGCCAGUGCCGCAAGAACGGCGUCGUCUUCAAGCGCGGCGACGUAGCCCACGUCAACGAGCUGACGGCGCUGCACCACUCGGGCAAGCCCGCCGACAUCAUCGUCAACAGCGCCGGCCUUCUGGCGUGCAAGCUGGGCGGCGUGGAGGACAAAAAGGUCAUCCCCGCGCGCGGGCAGGUUGUCGUCGUGCGCAACGAGGUCGAGCCGAUGGCCACCAUCUCCGGCACGGACGACGGGCCGACAGAGGUGUGUUACAUGAUGACGCGGGCGGCGGGCGGCGGGACGAUCCUGGGCGGGACGUACGACAAGGGCAAUUGGGACGCCAAUCCGGACCCCAACAUUGCGAUCCGCAUCAUGAAGCGGUGCGUCGAGCUGUGUCCCAGCUUGACGGGCGGCAAGGGCAUCGAGGCGCUGAGCAUCAUCCGCCACGGCGUCGGUCUGCGGCCGUACCGCGAGGGCGGGCUCAGGCUCGAGAUUGACAAGACGACGUUGGCGGAUGGCACGCCGAUUGUGCACCACUACGGCCAUGCUGGAUGGGGAUACCAGGGGUCCUAUGGCACGGCUGAGGGUGUUGUUGAGUUGGUGAACAAGAUCCGGGCGGAGAAGGGGGAGAAUCUGGGUGCUGAACCCAAGCUCUUUUCCUGGGACCGGCCAAGCAAGUUGUAG